GGGAAGAGGCAGCGCAGCGGGCAGGCAUUGUAGCGGGAAAACCGUGAUCAGUUGAUAAAGUAGAGGAAUUUCUAUGUUUUUAUUUCAGUAGGUUGAUAUACAUUUGCAAGUUGUAACUAAGAGUCAAGCAAAGUUUAGGGUGCCCACUAAGUGUUGAAGAUGAUGUCUGAUGCCAGUGACAUGUUGGCAGCAGCUUUGGAGCAGAUGGAUGGGAUAAUAGCAGGCUCCAAGUCCAUGGACUACUCCAACGGCCUGUUUGACUGCCAGUCACCAACCUCUCCCUUCUUGGGAAGCCUGCGGGCGCUGCACUUGCUGGAGGACCUCCGGGGCGUGCUGGAACUGAUGGACACCGAGGAGAGGGAGGGCCUGCGCUGCCAGAUCCCUGACGCCACCGCAGACAGCCUGGUGGACUGGCUGCAGCAGGGACACCUGAUGUCCAAUGGCCACCACAUUUCCAUGGGUGGUGACCUCUACCAGGAGAGACUGUCUCGACUGGAGGGUGACAAGGAAUCCCUGGUGCUUCAGGUGAGUGUGUUGACAGACCAGGUGGAGGCGCAGGGGGAGAAGAUAAGGGACUUGGACAUGUGUCUGGAUGAACACCGGGAGAAACUGAACGCAACUGAGGAGAUGCUACAACAGGAGCUCCUAUGCAGAACGACUCUAGAGACUCAGAAACUGGAACUAAUGGCUGAGGUGUCGAACUUGAAACUGAAGCUGAACUCAUUUGAGAAGGACAUACUGCACUUUGACUUCAGGGACAGUGAGUACAUGGGUCUGGAGAUUAAUGAGCUGAGGUACAAAGUGACUGAGAUGGAGAGUGAAAGACUACAGUAUGAGAAGAAACUGAAAUCCACUAAGGAGGAGCUGGUGAUGCUGAGGAGGCAGCUGGAGGGAAGGGACAGAGAGGUGAGGAGGUUACACGGCGAUACUGGGUUCAGAGCCAUCACCCCGGGUGGCAUGGACAGUGGAGACAGAGUUCUUCACCCUCCAGAUGUGGAAGUGCAGAGAAUGAAAAAAGCGGUGGAGUCACUGAUGGCAGCCAAUGAGGAGAAGGAUUGUAAGAUUGAGGAGCUGAGGCAGUCGCUGCAGCGCUACAAGAAGGUCCAGGACAUGGUGAUAUCAGUGCAAGAGAAGAAAGACAAAACCAAAGAUGGUGAGAGUGAUGAGAGUAACAGCGACAACUCCCUCUCUGUGAUGUCAACGACAACCACCUCGGUUGCCCUGGAGUCGGAGAGGCACGCGCUAGCUGGAGUCGAGGAAGUAGCAGGGAAGAGCCCAGACGAGCUGGAGACGCACUAUGGAGCUACUGAAGUGCCUUCGCCAACAACCAGCCCUACAGGCCAGUCAGCCUGCGCUCUACAGAGCGUGCCAGAGCUUGACCAAGCUGAACCUGAGAGGUCCCUGCAUGUCCCAAAGUCAGCGAGUCAGGAAAACUUGUAUGUCAGCAACAGUGAAAAGAUUACAUUGGUGAUUGACGAAAAGCCAACAGAGAAUAAGGCGGUGGAGGAAAUCAGUAAGAUCAGCGAGCGCCCGCCCAAGUCUCCCUCUUCAUCUCGCUCAGAGGACGACAGCUUCGGUACCAAGAAGGCUCGCUCAUCCUUUGGCCGAGGCUUCUUCAAGAUCAAGGGGGGCAAGAGGACAGCCAGCGCCCCUAACCUGGCUGAGACCGUGCGAGAGGGGGGCACUGACCAUCUGGACCUGGCCGGGCUACCCCAGAGGUCAGCCAUCAGCGACAGCACCAACACACUGACCAGUGUGACCUCCACUACCUCUCCCGAGGGCAAGAAGAAGUCCAGGGGAAUCAAGGCACUCUUUGGAAAGCUGAGGAGAAGUCAGUCCACCACGUUCAACCUGGAUGACAACCUAUCAGAGCCGGUCGAGUUCAAGAGAGGCGGAGUCCGGGCCACAGCAGGACCCAGACUGGGAUGGUCCCGUGACCUACAGCAAUCACCCAACACUGACUUGGACACCCCGUUUGCCCGCUGGUCCAAGGAGCAGGUGUGUGACUGGCUGCAGGAGCAGGGACUGGGGCUCUACCUGAACAUGGCUCACGUGUGGAUCUCUUCUGGACAGACUCUGCUGCAGGCCUCACAGCAGGAUCUAGAGAGGGAGCUGGGCAUCAAACACCCGCUGCACAGGAAGAAGCUCCAACUGGCCCUGCAGGCUCUGGGCUCUGAGGAGGAUGACAAUAAGGGCAAACUGGACUACAACUGGGUGACCAGGUGGCUGGAUGACAUUGGCCUGCCUCAGUAUAAGACCCAGUUCGAUGAGGGGAGGAUGGACGGCCGCAUGCUGCACUAUAUGACAGUAGAUGACCUGUUGUCUCUGAAGGUGGGCAGUGUGCUCCACCACCUCAGCAUCAAGAGAGCCAUCCAGGUGCUACGCCUCAACAACUACGAGCCCAACUGCCUGCGCCGACGGCCCUCCGAUGAGAACAACAUCACACCAGCAGAGAUCUCCCAGUGGACCAAUCACAGAGUAAUGGAGUGGCUGAGAUCAGUAGACCUGGCGGAGUACGCCCCCAACCUGAGGGGCAGCGGCGUGCACGGGGGACUCAUGGUGCUGGAGCCUCGGUUCAACGUGGAGACCAUGGCCCUGCUGCUGAACAUUCCCCCCAACAAGACCCUGCUGCGGAGGCACCUGGCCACCCACUUCAACCUGCUGGUGGGCUCUGAGGCCCAGGGGCUCAAACAGGAUUGUCUGGAGAACCCCGACUACACCCUGCUUACAGCCACCGCCAAGGUCAAGCUGAGGAAGAUGACGUUUGGGAGCUUUGGCAGCCUGAGAAAGAAGAGGCAGGAUGAGAGUGAGGAGUAUGUCUGCCCCAUGGAUGUGGAGAUGCCAAAGGGACGUAGCUUCCAGAAAGGCUAUGAGCUCUACGAAGACGAUCUGGACCAGCUAGAGCAGAUGGAGGACUCAGAGGGAACUGUGAGGCAGAUUGGAGCCUUCUCUGAGGGCAUCCAAAACUUGACGAGCAUGCUGAAAGAUGAUGAAUUCUUCAAAGAGAUCUCUAACUCUCCCAACCCCAGCGUAACAGAUGACGAUUCCAACGUUUGAGGCCAGCGCCAUGGGACUAGCAGACCAGGAUUGAAAUACUAUUUGGAAUAAUUUAAAAUACUUUAGCUGUGCUUGAUUGAGCUUGCCUUUUGGGAUGGAAUGCAAUAGGAAUAGAAAAGUCCCAAAAGUGGCACUCCAGGCAGGCUAACGCAAACACUCAAAGUAUUUGAAACCAGGUGUGCCACUAGCACACACUGACUCCACCGUACCAUCCAACUCUCCGUAACCCCAACAACUUUCCGUAACCCCCAACAAGCACCAGAUCUCCUUUUAGUAUUUAGGCAUAAUUUUUUUUUUUUUUUUUAUCAGUCCACAUGACAACAGACACAGUCCGUGUCUGUUGUCAUGUGGACUGAUACACUGUUGUUUUUUUAAGGUGCUGUCAACGCUAAAAUACCACCAGCAGGAUUAACAAUUCAACUCGCCCCUGUCUACCCAAUAGCAGGUCAGUUAUCAAUCCUCAUGAAUCCCUACAGAUCUGAUAGAUCCUGCUCUGCCUUACCUCUGAGCUUGUCUACAGCGAGGGACUGUUCCUCAAGCUCAACAGUAAAGGCCUUACAGUAAAGUGGGCUAUCCCCAAAGUAGAGUGCCUACGAGGGGUCGCCCUCCUCUGGGUUGGCUUUUAGCCGAGAGGCACCCCUUCCUACGACUCCUACCAAUGCACUCAGUACCUAUAGUUCGGGUCCCAGGUUCCUUUAUACCAGCUACUCGGGUUCCCUAUGGAAUGAUUAACCAAGAAAAUUAGCUAGAGAUCCUCAAUUAAUCAAGCAUAUUUCAGAAACCUAGAGUAAACAACAUGCAGUUGUAUGACUCUUUGAUGAUGACAGGGUUUUACAACAAUAAAGUGAGUUUAUUCAAACUUCCAGAAACAGGCAUAAAAAAUCCCCAAUCAAUUAUAAGCAAACAUUUACUGUAAAUUAAAUUGAUGGACAACCUUCAGCACCCUUAACUAAAUCCCUGUUGGGGUGUUCCAAUAAAAAAAAAAUUCUGUUACAAUUUUAUGAGAAGCACAGUAUUUAAUAACAAGAAAAACCUUAUACAACUCAACAGUUUUUUGGCUCCCCCCACAGGAUGAUCAGUCCCUCAGAAGGCGUCUAGAAACUCUAACAGCUACUUUACCACACCUCUAUCAACCUUAAGGAAUCCUCCUAGAAUUUUACUUUAACUGGGUAUACCUAAAAUGUAAAUUUAAUAAGUAAACAAAAACAAAUCGAAAUAUAUUGUAGGCUAUAAAGCUACAGCAAAAAUCUUCUUCCAGCAGUCAACACAGGCUUUUCUGGCAAGCUUAAAGAGAGCUCUUCUCUCCCAAAAAAUCAUAGCUCUUUUAUACCAUCCCUUUUUCUUUCUGCUAACUCAUUGUGGUUAACACCUACCCCAAUGACCUCCAGUGGUUAACACCUAAUGUGGCCAUCGUUCAAAAAGGUGCUUUUUCAGCCCCCUUAACUCCCACUUUUUUCUCACCUAAAUUGGAUGUCAAUCCGCUUCACCCCUAAACGUUCUAACCUGGAGAUUUCCAGAUCAAGCUAACAUCCUUAAACACAUUUUUAAACUUCAUUUUUUUUCACAUUACCAUUCCCCACUUGGCACCAUUUUAAUCCCUCUCCAAUUUAACUAAUUACUUCCAUUACCUCUUAAAUAUCCAACAAAUUAGACAUUUAAUCAUUACAUUUCAACAUUAUAGCCUUCCAUUAUCAACCUCCAACAGGCCCUAAGGCCUUGUUCCUCUAAACUUAACAAACAUAGUCUAUAUGCAUCAUACCUUAAAGCAAACAUCACAUUAACUAUUUUACUGGAUUACUUAAAUCACACAUUGUUAACCCUCUUAAUAAAUUAUUCUAAUCACCCUUUAAUCACCUCUGCCACUAUACUUUUCUCCAUGCUUUCAAACUUUAACAUUUAACAUAUUUAACCUUUAAUCAUCAAUUAAUUUAUUUUACUUAUUUUUCUUAUUUUCCUUAGUCAAUGUCAAUAUUCAUUCUGGUGUGUGUGUAAACGAAACUUCUUGAGUGUGGGCAAAUGCAAAUGUUUCUCUAAAAUGUCAGAGAACUGGGCCUUAGCCAACUACUAUUGACAGUACAAGUCCAUUUUAACUGUCCUAUUUGGAGAGGAAUUAUUUCAGAGCAAUAUGCCACCAUAAUUUGCCUACCAGCUGGAUACUGGAGACAUUUGUACUCAUUGUUUUUAUACUAGCCAUCUUUCUGUGGAAUUUAAAUAUUAAAGUGAGCCAUAUCAAUAUCUGAUAAACCCUUUUUUUACGUUAAGAUGUAAUGUAGGGCUUUUGCAAAGUCUAAUAUGUCAUUUUAAAGAAUAUGUUUGUUAAAAAGCCAGAGUCACUGUCGGAGGAAGGGGGAAAAAAUGUAUAUGCUGUGCAGUUUUGCCCAAGUUAAAUGAAUGCCCCAAGACAGCUGCUAUGGUUUACACAGAAAACCAGACUAUUUCAGCGGCAACAUUUUUAUUCUUUCAACACAUCGCGCCAUAUCCGAGAGACUCCCAGUAAUGGUGUUUAUUUGAAUGCAUUUGCACCUAUAAUGUACAGUUCAAAGAACAUAAUUCCUUUUUGAAGUGUCAUUGCAUGUUAUUGAAGCCUUUCUUGCCGCCAGAAUGUUGUACACCUGCUAACGGAAUAUGUAUUUCUUGUUUAUUAUAAUUUGUACUGAGAACUAUUCAUAAAUAUUGCCAGAUAGCAUAGUUAUUUUGAGAAUACCGUAGCUAGCCUGGGUGCCAGUCUGUUUCUGCUCUCUUGCCAACUCCUUAUUGGAUUGGCAAGAGAACAGAAAGUGACUGACACUCAGGCUGUUGUAGCAUGUUCAAAGAGUUGAGCGAUAAAGCAAUGACACUGUUAUGCAACACCCUAACCACAUGAGGAUAAAGUUUGUACUGUGUACUGGUUGAGUUUUUACCCAUUUCUAGGGUCAAUAAAUUCAUUUAAACUGUCUAAUUUCUCAAGUAGGAUUGGAAAUUUAGAAAAUAAAGCAUAUAGGUUUGUUUUGCAAUGCAGAUUCAUUACCAUUUAAAAGCCUUUACCUCCA